AUGCUUUCGACAUCAUUGGUGGACGGUCACCUUACUCUCCUGCUUCAAUUAAUGAGUUGGCCAAGCAGCACAGCUUAUGCGAUGUGCAAGUGUAUUCGAUUCUGCUCUGUCCACUUCUGGCUGACUUGGGGCUGGUUUUUCUUCCAGCCCAGCGAAAAACGGGGUGUAAGCAAAUGCGGCAGCAGUGUUUCGGGAACCAAGGAGAAUUCAGUAUUGUUUUUUGACCUUUGUAUUCUUUUGUUGUACUUGUAA